CUGGUGAAGCUUUCAGCUGCAGUCUUGUGAUUCUGUGUCGCCUUUGGGCGGGGCUUUUGCGGUCACCGUCUCACCCGAGAUAAACACUCGCAGCACUCCACACUCGGUAUACGACGCCGACACUUCCAAUGAGGGCGAAGCAGAUUGUCGUUGAGAGCCACAGACUGCGCGUGCGCGGCACUGUCUCUUUAAACGCGCCUGGUGUGAAAAGUUCAGUCAAGAAGGCUGUGCGGAGGAGGGUUCUGCGCGGUUUGAUGCAGAGAUCGGCGUCUGAUAUCGCUAGCGUAGUGCAGCAGAUGGCUGGCGACAGCGACGAGGCCAAACGUCUUCCAAAGAGACCCUUUCAAGGCGAAGUAGAGGAGACCUCCAGCGCGAACAUGAAUGAACACGUCAAAAUUAAGCCCGGAAAAAAGACCACGGGUGAACGGCGCGGUAAGGAGAACUCUGCCGCCAAGUGUACUGCUUUGACAAGCGGCUCUGCAGAGGCGAAGAUGGAUCAGACCGUCAUUCACAGUCCCCAAACGCGAGACGACCCGAGCAUUUUCUUCGACGAGGACAGCAAUCACAUUUUCCCUGUGGAGCAAUUCUUUGGGAAUAUGGAUGUUGUUCAGGAUUACCCACUCAGAACCCCAGGAAGCAAGAGAAUGAGUCGAAGAGAGUACAGGAGCAUGCAUUACUAUGCCAAAGAGGACAGUGAAGACGAGCAGCUAUGAGGACACAACUCCUCUCACAGAAUCAUUCAGUCAAUCUGCCUUUGACCGGGAAGGAGUUUCAUGUUGGUAAAAUGGACUUGAUUGUUUUAAAGCAAG